CAAGACCGACCUAUAUAUAUCAACGCAAAAAGUAAAAAAUUCCCUUUAAUUCACUUUGCAUUAUCUGUCUCAAAACCACUGGAUAUACGUUCGCAGAUAGAUACACACGCAUAUAUAUACCCUCCUCUCUCUCUCUCUCUCUCUCUCUCUCUCCUCUUCGAGACCUAUCGUUGAAAUUCGGUUUAAUUGCUAAUUAAUCAAUCAAAUUUUAUGUGAAAUUAAUCCCCUCAACCAGAAGCUCAGAGGAUUUUGUUAUUAUCCUCAUCAAUAGGAAGAUCAUGUCCCAUCAACAAGAAAACGAUGCUAAUGAAAUGGAGGAGGAAUAUGAAAUGGAGGAUGCAGAAGUCGACAUGGACGAUGAUGGGUUUCACGACAGAGAUGCUAGUGACUCAGAUUCCGAUGUGGAUACAUAUGACUACAUGAGUAAUAGGAUACACGAUACUACAGCAUCUCAGGCAAGGAAGGGCAAAGAUAUCCAAGGGAUUCCCUGGGAGAGGCUCAGCAUAACAAGAGAGAAAUAUAGGCAGACUAGAUUAGAACAAUAUAAGAAUUACGAAAACAUUCCUCAAUCUGGAGAGGGAUCAGAAAAGGAAUGCAAAACCACUGAGAAAGGAGGCGUGUACUACGUGUUCAGAAGAAAUUCAAGAUCUGUGAAAUCGACAAUUUUACAUUUUCAGUUGAGAAAUUUGGUAUGGGCUACAUCAAAGCAUGAUGUUUACCUUAUGUCACAUUUCUCAGUUAUGCAUUGGUCAUCGUUAACACGCACCAAGUCAGAAGUUAUUAAUGUAUCGGGACGUGUAGCACCUUGUGAGAAACAUCCUGGAAGCCUGUUGGAAGGAUUCACACAGACCCAGGUCAGCACACUAGCAGUGAAAGAUAACUUGCUAGUCGCAGGAGGAUUUCAGGGCGAACUUAUAUGCAAGUAUUUAGAUAGGCCUGGAGUUUCUUACUGCACUCGGACAACUUAUGACGAAAAUGCCAUUACUAAUGCAGUUGAGAUAUAUACGUCUGGCAGUGGCGCAAUGCACUUUGUAGCUUCAAAUAAUGACGGUGGAGUGAGAACCUUCGAUAUGGAAAAAUUUCAGCAGUCUAACCAUUUUUGUUUUCCGUGGCCAGUUAAUCAUACUUCUCUAAGUCCUGACGGCAAGACACUCAUAAUUGUCGGGGACGAUCCUGAAGGUUUAUUGGUCGAUUCCAGGAGUGGAAAGACAAUCUCAUCUUUGCACGGUCAUUUUGACUACUCAUUUGCAUCUUCAUGGCACCCAAACGGCUUAACUUUCGCCACUGGAAACCAGGAUAAAACCUGCAGGAUUUGGGAUAUCCGAAAUCUCUCCAAAUCAGUCGCCGCUUUGAAGGGAAACAUCGGAGCAAUUCGUUCAAUCCGCUAUACAUCUGACGGCAAAUUCAUGGCCAUGGCAGAACCUGCAGAUUUUGUCCAUAUUUUCGAUGUGGGAAGCGGGUACCAGAAGGAGCAGGAAAUUGAUUUCUUCGGUGAGAUUUCAGGGAUGUCGUUCAGUCCCGACACACAGUCCCUUUUCGUUGGAGUGUGGGACCGUACUUACGGUAGCCUUCUUGAGUUCAGCAGAAGAAAUGAGUACUCGUAUCUUGAUGCUAUUUUCUGAGUUGGUCUUGUUAUUAAGAAAAAACAGUGCUCGUUUCGUGCUGACUUGUACAGUUGUAAUAUUGUGGGAGGAAAGUUUGAGUUUGGUCUGUUAGUUUAGUUGAGUGUGUGAGUGUUAAUAAGAUGUUAGAGGGAGGGGGAUGUACAGUAAAGGCUAGAUGAGUGUUGGUUCGGUUUGUGUUGGCACGUAGUAGAAGUUGGGCUAUGGGUUUUCUUACUGCCUUUUUUUUUAAUUUUGUCGAGGUUCUUGUUUGUGUCCGUCCGAUUGAAAAGUGAAUGUUUCAUGACUAACUUGCGCAAUCUAACGGAGGAGUUUCCGUGCUGGAGGCAAUUUAGAUGUGCAUGGGGUGUUUCUUUAGUCAAGUCUUUAGUUAGGCUGUGUAUAAGACAGUCAGCUUUUAACAUUUUUUUUUUCGGUUUUCGCUUUUAUAGUGGACAUCGAUUGACUUUAAUGGAACUUAGAAACUCAGCUAACGAGGGUUGGUUUAUCG